AUGGAUAUGCCUCCAUUCUCGGUUGACACAGAACUGCCUCGGAGAGGACUCAUAGACUUGUACAACCUCUCAAAACGACUGCAUAACAUCUCUCCUGGAGACUUCUCUGUCUCGGACUUGGCGAAAGAACUCGAGGCCAUCAGAUAUGGGAUGCUGGCCGUAGGCCCGGAGUUUGGCUUUGACGAUGCCUGGUGGAAACUGUUUUUCUUACAAAGACUGGGACCCAGAUACGAUGAAUUUGUGCUCGACUUCAUGAGGAACAACACGAUAUUCCCACCUGAGGGCGAAGAAGCUCGAAUGUCCUACGAAGACAUUGUCCAAUCAGCCAUUUUGCANGAAACAUUGCAGAAGCAUGGAGCUGAGAUGGAACGACCAGUCAGAACUUUGGCGAACGCAGGCCGACGUGUCAAUGACAAGAUCAAAGUUGAGGUUGACUACUGCGACCAUUGCAAGAUUCCUUAUCAUUCGACCGCCAAUUGCUUCAGACUCCAUCCUGAACUGAGAAAGAACCAGAGUCGUAAGCGCAGACGCGGUGGNAGGAGAGAGACGCUAGAGGAGAGGACAGGGUAUAACUACGCUGCAGCCUGA